GAUUCCUGUCCUGAACCACCGCGCGCGCGUCGAGCGCGUUUGUUGAUUGUUUUCCGCCGCGAUGGCGACACCCGGCUAUGUGCGCUCGUCGUCGCACGAGGCGCCCGAUCUUGCCGCCAUCCGCAAGGCGAACGAGGGGAAGAGCCUGGAGCAGAUGCGCGCGGAGCGCAUGCAGAGGCAGCAGGCGCGGAUUCGGAACAGGGGAGGAAACUUUGUCCCCCAACUCAGCGAUGACAGCGGCACGGUACUCUUCGAGAUCCUUAUGGGCGUGCGGCCCCCGCUCUCCCCAAGACGCGGCCUGAUGCGCCGCAGUCCAUCCAACUCGCCAGAGAGACCUCCGUCCAAUCUACGAAACGAAGAGCCGGCUGCGAGUACAUCCAAGCGCGCCCCUCGCAAGUCCGCCGCAAGCAGCAAAUCCAAGAGCGCUUCUGCCAAGGGAAAGACGAAGGGGAAGUCGCGUAGCAAGAAGGCAGGUGCUGACGAUGAUGCUGGACCGUCUACAUCUAGCGUGAGCGCCUCUGCAGUGCGUUCAUCGACUCGCGCCGCGUCUUCGACCUCACGCACCAAAUCAUCCUCUACCUCCCGUGCGGCGAGCUCCUCUAAACCCGCCUCGACUUCAUCCAAGAGCGCCUCGACCUCCCCUAAAGGCCCUUCUACCUCUAAGUCCACCUCGACUUCCUCCAGACGCAGCUGUUCCACCAAGGGCCCCUCCACCUCCCGCUCGAAGAAAAACUCGAAAGCCGCCGCCUCCAAGCGCAAGAAGAGCAUCUUGCCGCCUAUUGGUGUCUUGUCCGACAUCGAGGAGGUUGACGAGGAAGCUUUGGAGGACGAUGAUGAUGAUGUACCGCUGGCGCCGCCUCCCACUGAGAGUUCGAAGGGGAAGGAGAGGGAAGUUGUUGAGGAAGAGACACCCGCCCUCCGCCGCUCGCCCCGGAAGGCGAAGUCGAAGACGACCGCUGCGCCAUCGUUUCCGACGAAACCUCCUCCAAAGUUGAAGUUCCCUAUACCCUCUAGCUCCGCUGCUCCCACCAAACCUCCACCGUCCAGUGCGCUUACGAACCCUUUCACUACCAACACUCCCGCGGACCCUCCAUCGACCUCCGGUCGUGCAGACCCUCCACCUCCCAUUUCAUCCGCCACCUCAAAGCCGCCACCUACCCUUCCGGAUGCAGCAUCCCUGUUUGGAGACGAUGACGAUGAUGAGUUGCCGUUGAAGGCAAAGAAGCGGCGAAAGGGGAAGGAAGCCGCGGAGAAGGAGGAGCCUGCACCUAAGAAGUCACGCUUGGCGAAGGCAAGGAAGGAGGAGGCGGGGAUGGAGGUGGAUGAGCAGCCCGCAUCAGGACAGGAGAACGAGGAGCCCGCGCCGCCCCCGAAGAAAUCGCGUUCAAAGAAGGUCGCGAUGGAGGAUGGCUACGACAUCGCGUCGGCGCUGAAUAAGGCGGCAGAGGCGAACGAGGCGGUGGAGAAGGGGAGGAAGGGAAAGGGGAAAGCGGGGACGAAGACGAAGGUCAUAGAGGAGGAAGAACCUGAACCUGAACAACCGGCGAAGGGGAAGGGGAAGGCAGAACCCAAGGGAAAGGGCAAGGCGGCCAAGGCGAGGGAGGCUCCCCUUCUUGAGUCCGAAGGCGAUGACCUCCCGCCCGUCGACGAGCCUACACUGCCGCGACCGAAGGGCAAGCCGGCACCCCUGCCGUCGAAGGCCAAGCGAGGCAAGAAGGCAGCCACAGCAGUACCAAUCGAGGAUGACGAUGACCUGCCACCUACCCACCCGCCCGCCCCAUUACCGUCGAAGGGUAAACGGAAGAAGGCACCGGUUGCGGUCGACGACGAUGAUGACCUACCGCCUGUUGUGGUCGAGGAUGAUCUACCACCUGUCGAGGUAGAGGACGACUUGCCCCCGGUUGAGGUGGAAGAUGAUGUUGAGGUCGAGGCCGAGCCAAAACCGAAGCGUGGAAAGGCAGCCGGGGCGAAGCGGGGGAAGAAGGCUGCUCCGGCGAAAGCGACCGCUACUGCCUCCAAGAUCGCUCGCCCACCCGAUCCGGACGACCUUGACGAUGACCUUGCCCCGAUUGUCCCCUCGCCGCCAGCGCGAUCGCCGAAGCGGAAGGUCAGCGAUGACGACGACCAGGAGAACGACCGUCGACCGUCGAAGAAGCGGCGCGCUGGCGAGGGAGUGAACGGAGAGCCCGUGGCGCCGCCGAAGGCACGGAGGAAGAAGGGGAAGGUCGUUGAGGAGGCCGAGGGCUCCGCUGAGCCGGACGCUAAGCAGACGAAGGCCAGAGCGAAGGCGACUGAGGCGAAGGAGGUUGAGGAGGUCGCAGAGAAGCCGUCCAAGCAGCCUCGAGGAAGGAAGGCGAAGGAUGCGCCCGAGCUUGAACACGCCUCCGACGACGAAGGUGCGCCGCCGAAGCGCAAAGCUGCUACUUCACGGCGAAAGCGCAAGAACGAGGACGAGGACGUCGCGGUGGCCGCGCCGCCGGUGAAGAAGGGCAGGAAGAAGGCAGUGGACGAUGAGGUGCCUAUGGACGAGGAGGUACCUGUGAACGGGGCCGGGGAGUCGAAGAAGGCUGGGACGGGGGACAAGAAGAAGAAGGCUGGCGCCGGGCUCGGGAAGGGCAAGCCUUCGCGGAAGGAGACUGAUGAGGAGACAGAUCGCAAGCCAAGCGGCCUGCCCGCGCACGUCGCUGCACGUCUGAAGAAGCGUCGAUACACCCUUGUUCCCGAUGACGAGCCCGAUGAACUUGACUGUUUUUCAUGAACUUCGGACCGCUUGCAUGCGCAUACCAGCAUCACUAUUUAUACGCUAUGCCUCUCAUGCUCUCAUACAUACAUAUGUAUUCCUGGAAAUGCCGAUUGUACACCUGCUCGUGGUACCGUUUGCUUUCGAUGUCCUUCGCCGGGGCCCUUGAUUUGGAACAUGCACUUGUG